AUGUCAGAGCUACGAAAGAUAGCUGCAGGACUCAGUCCUGACCUCGACAUAGUGUUGAGUACCAGCGACGGUUUCCACAUCCAGGACAACUAUGUCAAGGCCCGCGAAGCAUUCCUGUCGCUGUGGGAUACGCAGUGCCCCGAGAAUGGCAACAAGCGCGCCAUCAUCACCUGUCAUUGGGUCGAGGCAGACAGCAAGAAGAGAUCCCAUGAUGCUGUUGCGACUUCGGGGGACACUCACGACAGUCCUUCCAACAAAAGGCGCAUGAUGACUACGCCUGAGCUCGUCGAUUCGAAAACUCGACCUCGCAGCGUAGACGUCGCAGCUAGCGAAGAGGAUGCGACGAUGGCGCAAGAUGAGAGCCGAAGCUUUGAGCAGUCACGACAGAAGACCGAGCUCCCACCUCCAUUCGAAAGAGGACUUGACUCCAGCGUGCGCGACAGUAACUUCCAAGGAGAUGUCAGCACCACACGCACCAGUGGUGGCCAUAUCAACUUGCCCAACGACAGCUACACACAAGCUCGAGGUCGUUGCAGCAGUUCUUCUCAUGGCGGAGAUGUUCGCUUUGGCCCAACGCAAGCUCACAGCAGUCAUGCAAGCAAUCGCGGCGGAAGCGCUGACCACUACAACGACGGCUACGCCCAUCAACACGGCGGCCGCGAUGGUUCAUGCAUUGACCGUGGAGGUCGUGGCAACUUCUCUCACAUGAGCCGCGGCGGCUUUUCUCACGCCCAGGGUGGUCACGGCGGUUCCCGUCAAGCACACAACAGUCAUGGACAUGGCGAUGUCGACUAUGGAGUUGGACCGGCUUUGGACCCCAAAAUUGCUCGAAGCAAACCUCCCUUCCUCCUCAAGAUCACUAUACCGGCACAGGAAGAAUCCAACAUCAAGACAGGGGCGACUCUUACCUCUCUUCUGCGACAAGACUUGGAUAACGCUAGAUGCGCCAACUGUGGCCAUCAUGGUCACCGCCUGAUCGAUUGCGUUUUCCCCGAUAUCAGUGGCACUAUCAAAGGCUGUUGGCUGUGCAACGACAAGUCUCAUGACUGGUGCGAGUGCAAUCAUCCAUUGAAAGACACGUUGACAUGGUCGGCCAUUUACGAUGUCAUGAUUGGAGAUCGUGGUGGAAAACCUUGCUUCCGCAUGCCGUUCUCAAUCUUCGACAUGGUGUGGAAGUUGCGUUGCCAGAGUCACCACAGCACCCGUUAUGACGGGCAGCAUGGUCCUUUCCCUCUCUCGUGCAAGUUCGUCAAGAAGAUGCUCACUGGAAAGAUCAAGGAUGCCGAUGGAAAGGUUGUUAAGAUCUGGCAGACCUACAACUACUCCACAGAUGAAGGUCUCAUCAACAGAAGAUGCCACCUGAUGCCAGAUCUGAGAACAGAUACGUAUGACAAGCUCCUCGUGUAUCGGGACGACCUUGAGAAAGAUGCCAUCGCCCCCAAGGGCUGGCCAGUACUUCGAGACUGA